CUUUUUUUCCUUUUUCUUCUUUCUAUUUUGUAAAUAAUUUAUUCUAAUAUGGAUGAUAUUUAUCAAUAUACUGCUUCAGCUGUGAACAACAACAACAACAACAAUAAUAUAAAUGAAAAUGAUCAACAGAACGAUCCUCUUAUUCAGGCAUUUACAAAUUUUGGUUGGGGUCAACGUUUCUCUAGUUUGAUGGAUACUGUUAAAAAACAGAGUGAAGUCAUUGUGGACGUUACUAAAAAGGAUUUGCAAGAAUUCGCUAAUAUUCUUCGUGAAGACUCAAAUGAACUUGUAGACCAACUCUCUCAAUCUACCACUUCUACUGCAACAAUUACCAACAACAAUAACGAUGAACCUAAUCAACAAGAAACAACUUCAGUAGAAACCCAUCAAUCUACUCGUGAUGUUGAUAAUGAAAAUAAUACAAACAAUACUAAUAGUAUUUAUGCAUCAUCUAUUGCUUCACUACGAGAAGGACUUGGAAAAAUCAACACUGUCAACUUGAAAGCUCUCCGCGAAGGACUCACAGAUACAUUACAAAAUCAACCUUUUUUACCUUCUCAACUCACAUCGAUCAAACUUCCGGAUAAUAUCAACUUGGGUGAACUACGACAAGAAUUGGAUCAAGGUACAAGAUUCGCGGAAUUAUAUAUGCAAAAGUUUGGUGCUGAAGUUAUUCAGGUGUUGAAUCGUACUAUUACUGUAUUGGAACCAGAUGUACAAGAGGAUAAUCAACAAUCACAACAAGAAGAGAAUACUAGUCAAUCCAAUACAAAUGCUCCAAGGAUAUUUGCCAAUCGUACCGAAGCUCUCAUUGCCAAACUUCAAACGGAUCAUGAUAUUUUACUUGCAGAUCCAAAGGAUAUUCUAAUGGCGAAUCAAGAUAGUGAUCAAAUUAAACUCUUGGAAACCUUCAACUCUGGAUUCAAUGUGCAAGAAUAUACUUCGGAAAUAGCAAGAUUACUGGAUGAUUCACCUGAUUUACGACAGACCAUGGAUGAUCUAGUACCACUCAAGGUGGAUUAUACAACAUUUUGGCAACGGUACUUCUAUCAUUCUUGGAAGAUUGAUCAAGAAGAACAACGCCGCCAACUUAUUGUCAAAGGUGCGGAACAUGACGAGGAUGAUUUUAGAUGGGAUUCAGAUGAUGAAGAUACAAAUUACCAAAAAGCACAAACCAAUGAUCAAAAUAACAACACAUCAUCAACAAAGAAGAACAAGGACAAGGCAGUUUUAGGUUCAUCAUCAUCACAGAUAUUGGAUGAGACAAAUAAUGAUACCAACAAAUCGGAUACUGACUUUAGCAACAUCUCAGAACCACCAUCAACUGAAGCAAGUCUUGUAUCACCUCCUUUGAAAUCAGAGACAGAUGCGGAUGAUUGGGUCAAGACAUCAACUGAAGAAGAACGAAAGAAACAAUCAAUCAAUGAUAACAACAACAACAAUAAUAAUAAUGAUGAUAGUGAUAGUGAUUGGGAAUAG